AUGUCAGCUGUCAAUGACACCAAAUUCAGCUUUGCACUGUUCCUUCUCAGCGGGAUACCUGGGCAAGAAGACGUCCAUCUCUGGAUCUCUAUCCCCUUCUGCUUAAUGUUUGUCAUUUCGAUAGUAGGAAAUUCAGUCAUUCUGUUCAUUAUAAAAACAGAUCCAAGCCUUCAUGAGCCCAUGUACAUUUUCCUUUCCAUGCUGGCCAUCACAGACCUUGGCUUAUCGAUAGCCACUAUACCGACGAUACUGGGCAUAUACUUGUUUAACUCUAGGGAGAUCAGCAUCGAUGCUUGUUUCACCCAGCUCUUCUUCAUCCACUUUCUCCAAUGUACUGAAUCCUCCGUGCUCUUGUUGAUGGCCUUUGACCGCUUCAUCGCAAUUCAUGACCCGCUGAGAUAUGCUUCCAUCUUAACCCUGCCGAGAAUAGCCAAGAUGGGAUUGGUGUGUGUGCUAAGGGGGGUGGCUAUAGUAGUCCCACUCCCCCUUCUCCUGCAACGGCUCCGAUACUGUCGAGCCAAUGUCCUCUCCCAUUCCCACUGCCUGAACCACGACGUCAUGAAGAUGGCUUGUUCGGAUAUCACAGUCAACAGCAUCUAUGGCUUGUCGGUUAAACUCUUAACGAUGGGGUUGGACUCACUGCUCAUCUUCGUCUCUUAUGUGAUGAUCCUCAAAGCAGUGCUGAGAAUCGCUUCGCACGCAGAGUGCCUCACGGCCCUGAACACCUGCGUCUCCCACCUCUGUGCCGUCCUGCUCUUCUACACACCAGAGAUUGGCGUGUCUCUGCUAUACAGAUUCGGGAAGAGCUCUUCUCCCUUGCUUCAAAUUCUCCUGGGCUACAUCUCCCUGCUGGUCCCUCCCCUGAUGAACCCAAUAGUUUACAGCGUGAAAUGCAAACACCUUCGUGUGAGUAUAAUCAGGGCAUACUUCAAGUGA